AUGCCUCUUGUCAUCCCCGAGGUGAACGACGGCGAUAAGAACGAAUGGCUCACUAAGCUGGCCGGGAAGACGAUCACGGAGGGGACGAGCGAUGUUACUUCAUUCGCAAAGAAGGAUUUGCCCAAGUCUCAUCGCAUUGUUAAACCGGGGGAUAUGAUGACGAUGGAUUAUAGGCCUGAACGGUUGAAUGUGCAUCUGGAUGAUAAGGGCACGGUCCAUGAUGUUAACUUCGGUUGA